CUCGGAUGCUCUUGUCGCCACUGUUGGGUUCGCCGUCCAAUUCGAGUCAUAACGCGCCCCAGGAGAGGUCCGGAGAGUAGCGGUAUCAGUACCUUUUGGUUUCCCAACCGUGUGCCCAGCUUGCGAUCCGCUGGCAGUCGACAUAUGGCCAGCAUGCAGCACGUUCAUUGUCGUGAUCCCUGCGCGCUCCCACAGGUGUUGUGACAUGAGGGUGGGCGAGGGAGCGCGCGUUUUCGUUUUUGGGCGGCCCCUCCCACGGCCAAAAGAGUAUCUGCUUGACCCGGGCGCUGGGAGCGCAGCGGCGAAGUCUUGGCCAGAACGCGACUGUUUCGCCACGUUGGCGUCCAUGCGUCGCUUUGUGGAGGCCAUGUCCAGGGCAGCCGCCAGCAACAUCGCGAGCGGAAGUGAUCCCGAAGCGGUGCCCUCGUCUGAGGAGCAAGAUCUGUUGUUCGCGCAGAGAAUCGGCGCUCACAUUGAGCCGCUAGAUCGCCAGCGACAGCAGCACUGCGAGAGACGCACUGCCGCCGUUUUGGCGGCUACCAUCCUGGGCGUCGCAGGGACCAUCGUUGCGCUGAGCGGUCGCCCCAAAGGGGGUGUCGUGUUCACAGGAACGGUCAGUGCAGAAGCUUCCAGCCUCGGAGUCGCGGUGUGCGUAUUGGGCCAAAUGUCCCGCCUGGAGAUCGACAGCAAAAUUCGAAACAUCGCGGAACCCAUCGCCAAUUUCACCAACGUUGACUUUUUCUUGUCUCUUGAGGUUGGUGGUGCAGUUUUCAAUAACCAGGAGACGAACGUCAUGGGCGAGGGAUGCGGCAGCACUGCCUAUUCAGUGGAAGAAGUGAAGGAGGCAUUCGCACCUUACUUCAGGGGCGGCAGGUUUGAUCCCCACAAGGGCGAAAACGUCGCACUGGAUAGGUGGCCAAUGCUGUACAAGGACAAGCACCCGGGUGAUAAUUACGCUAACCGUUCAGCCAGGUCGAAGCACAUUGCCAACGUGAUGAGCCAGAUGAGACAUCAAAGGGAUUGUGUCGAUCUCAUUCAACAGCACGAGAAGUCCACAGGUGGCCGAUACGAUGUCGUGUUGAAGGUUCGAGACAACACUCUUGCGUUGCGACCGGUGGUGCCAGAGAAGCUUCUGAAUAUCACGGAGGUCCUUUUCAAGCAUUGCGAUUGGUGGGGUGGUCUUCAGGACAAGGUCAUGUUACUCCCGCGCAAGUACCUUGAGAAAACUCUGGGUGCAACCUAUCGGUCCAUGCUCGCGGUUACAAACGACCCAGUGUUGGAUCCGAAGUUGAAGAAGAUGUCGCUGCAUUCGCAAAAUACCGAGCAGGUCCUGAAGCAUGUGAUCGUCGCCAGCGGCGUUCCUCGUCGCGAGCUGAAGUUCGACGAAGAGACAAACGAAUCGAAUGGCUCUGAUUAUUUGCCUUUUGUGGACGGCAGGUGCCAUCCUGGGGGCACGUCUGGCAGUGGAGACCAGUGGUGUGUCGUGUCGCAUUGCAAGGAUUGCUACCCACGGGCGCCGUGGACAUUCAACGCGUCCUGCUCGGUCAACAUGCACACCGGACAUAUAUCGAAAACAAUCAAUUUCACUGAGAAGUGCAAGUUCAGUUUUCACAGGUGAGAAUUCGAUAGAUAUUGUAGGGCAUGCCUACGGAGCCUUAAAGAGACUGUGCAUCGGAUUGUGCUGGUAUUCGCGCAAGUCCCGGCAAAGGCUGGGCGUCUGAAGUCAUGAUUGAUUCGGAUGCAAAGUAUAUCAUCG